AUGGCUGCAUCCACCGACGAGCUCCUGCCCGCCUACCAGGGUCUUCUGCGCGCACAGUCGGCCUCGCUGCGUGGCCCGGAGGCCGCCGCUCCACUUUCGGUCGACGACGCUCUCACGUCGGGCGCUGCUCUGCGCGGCAAGGUCGUCGUCGUCACCGGUGCUGCGAGCGGCUUCGGCAAGGCGUACGCCAUCCAGGUCGCCAAGUUCGGCGCCAAGGUCGUCCUGAGCGACCUGAGGCUCGAGAGCGUCCAGGCCGUCGUCGACGAGAUCACCGCCGCAGGAAGACAAGCGACCUGCAUCGCCUGCGACGUCACCAGCUGGGAUGCCCAAGUCGCCAUGUUCCGCCAUGGCCGCAACACGUUCGGCCACCUCGACGUCGUCGCCGUCAACGCCGGCAUCGGCGAGCCCGAGUCGGCGAUGUUCAUGGACAUGCGCAAGGGCGCAGACGGCGAGCCCUUGAGGCCGACGAUGCCGACGCUCGCCGUCAACUUGACCGGUGCAGCUUACACCGCCAAGCUCGCCUUCUUCCACCUCAACGAGAACCCGAACAAGGAGGGCAAGGCCGUCGUCCUCCUCGGCUCGAUGGCGAGCUUCUCCGGCAUCCCUGGCGCUCCUGCCUACUCGAUGAGUAAGCACGGAAUCUUGGGCCUGUUCCGGUCGCUGUACUACGACGCGCUCGUGUACGGCAUCAAGAUCAACAUCGUCAACCCCUUCUUCGUCAGCACUGGAAUUAUUGGCGUGCUUCCUAGGCUCCUCAUCGCUGGGAUCCCGCUCGCGACGAUCGACGAGGUCGUCGCCGCCAUGGUCGCCGCGUCGACCAAGCCCGACAGCAACGGCUCGGCGUUUGUCGUCGACUUCAAGGGCAUCCUCGAGCUGCCGACGGCCGUCUUCUCGGUCGACGACGGGUACUACCGCGUGUUCGCCUCGCGGGCCCAGGGCCUCAUGGGGUGGGGCAAGUGGGCGUUCGACGUCGUGUCGGCCGUCACCGGCGCGUUCACGCGCAAGUGA